GGAUAAUCUUGAUCAGAAAGCAGAGGUGGACUUAUCCGCCCAGUUUUUGCUGCGUUGUCCUGAGCACGGAUAUGAGAAAAUGCACCCCGGACGGACGAGUCCCGCGACGUCUGCGGCCGGCGUCGAGGCCCGGAGAACGCGUCGGAUCGAAGAGCGACAUCCCGAAGAAGAAACUCUGUGGACAUUAUUCAACACAUCACUCGGCGAUUUUGAGUUUGAGCAGGACCGCAGCAAGACCCAAACAACGCGAGCUCCCUGGCGGGCGUACGCGGGAACACCAUUUCAGACGUCUCUUGAGCAAGUUGGAGCUGCACCUCCAAACGUCAGUGAACUGCCACCAAAGCACAACUUCCACCUCGACCAGGAGCUCUUCGACGGGCCGCCCGCGCCCGAACGCCCAACGAAGACCCGCCGGGAACGAGAGGAUCCCUACUACGCCAGCAUUUCGUACGCAGAUGCGGUGUACGAGGACAUGUCGGACAUAGUUCCCCCAGAGGUGAGACCCAAACCGGUCGUCCCGGCCAAGCCCCCCAACGUGGGCGCCCCUUCCCCCUCCGCCCCCUUCCCGCAUCAAGUGGGAGCGGGAGUCUCCGCGCCGCCCCCCAGCGCCAUCCCGGUGCCCAUCGGGAGCCACGGGGGCUCUCACGCCGUCGGGGGUCACGGCCACGGCGGGGGGUCGGCGCUGCUGGGGUACAUCGGCAUCGACGCCAUCAUCGAGCAGAUGCGCAAGAAGACCAUGAAGACGGGCUUCGACUUCAACAUCAUGGUCGUCGGUCACAGCGGUCUGGGGAAGUCGACUCUGGUCAACACCUUGUUUAAGUCCCAGGUGAGCAGGAGGAGUGCCGGCUGGUCCCGCGACGACAAGAUCCCCAAAACUGUGGAAAUCAAAUCGGUGUCUCACGUUAUCGAGGAAGGCGGCGUGAAAAUGAAGCUGACCGUUGUGGACACGCCGGGUUUCGGGGACUUGAUCAACAACGACAACUGCUGGGAGCCCAUUUCCAAGUACAUCAACGAGCAGUACGAGAAGUUCCUCAAGGAGGAGGUGAACAUUACCAGAAAGAAGCGCAUCCCGGACACCCGAGUCCACUGCUGCCUCUACUUCAUCUCCCCGACCGGACACACGCUGCGGCAGCUCGACGUGGAGUUCAUGAAGCGCUUGAGUCACUCCGUCAACAUCAUUCCUGUGAUAGCCAAGGCCGACACCAUGACCCCCGAAGAGCGGCACGACUUCAAACAGCGGGUGAAGAAGGAGCUGGAGAUGAACGGCAUCGAGUUUUACCCGCAGAAAGAGUUCGACGAGGACAUGGAGGACAAGAGCGACAACGACAAGAUCCGAGAGGCGAUGCCCUUUGCUGUGGUGGGCAGCGACAAAGAAUACCAAGUCAACGGCAAGCGAGUUCUGGGGAGGAAAACCGCGUGGGGGGUUGUGGAAGUGGAAAAUAUGAAUCACUGCGAGUUCGCCCAGCUCAGAGACUUCAUCAUCAGAUCUCACCUGCAGGACCUGAAGGAGGUGACCCACAACAUUCACUACGAAACGUACCGCGCCAAGCGGCUCCACGAGAACGGAGGCCUGCACCCCGUCGACACCCAGGAAAGCAACCUGUAAGCAGCCCCCGACGGACGUGGCCGCCGUUUUACCACCGUGACUGGCAUCGCUGCAUGAUUGAAACACUACGAAAUGCGUACAUAUCAGCGUGAUUUCAUGUUAUUUAAAAACGAAAAAAAGGGGAAAAAAAACUUGCUUGUUGAAGUAAGUCAAUAUUUGGGUGUGCCGCCCAGAGUUUUGGUGCCAAAAUACAAAAGACUGCCAAUGCCUUGAAACUGCUUGUUGAUUGGUUGAAACUUCAGAGCCGUCUCAGAGAAAACGUGUCAUUAUGUUUGGUUCAGUGUGUACAUACCGUAAUUCCCGGCCUACGGAGCGCACCUGGUUAUAAGCCUCACCCAGUACAUUUGUAAAGGAAAUACCAUUUGGUACAUACAGUACCUGGGCCGCAGCUGUGUAAAAGACAAAGAAAAACGGUACACAGAGAGUUUAACGCUAACACUAGCGCCGUGCUAAGGCUAACGCUGGCGACACCGCGCUAAGAGGGCCGUUUUAAAAAAAAAAAACAUAGUGGUAAAAAUCAGAGACACGGCAGUAACACGCUAGCGCAGCGCAAACAGGAUCUAAAAAAAUAAAAUAAAAUAAAAGACUGGAUAGCGCAUACUUAUCUAGCGGUAUGUCGAUUGGUUGAAGUCAGUUGGCCUCCAUCUUGGUACUCCCAAAACGUUUGGAGGACACGGUUUACAGGUUGGAUUAUGGCAGGGUUUUUCCUCAAAGUUUGGCAUGUAGAAUUGAAACUGGACGUGUGCGCUUGACAUUUUUUCACUUCUGCUAACAUGAACGAUUUUUAAUUUGACUUGGCAAGUGCAAAGGAAAGACGUAGAACACCGUGACUAUCAAGAAACCUCUCAUAUUACCUUGGACCCGGUUUCCGUGACAUGUUAACUUUUCCCAAAAUACGCUGUGUGCACGAUCAUCAUCAUAACAUAGCAAAAAACUAAGCAUUUUUUGUCAUAAAAACGUUAAAUUUUAAGUCAUUCAGUUAGAUAGAUUUUGGGAAAUAAGGACUCGCAAAUACAUGCUCAACGCAUUCUUCAUUUGUUGUCACUGCGACGGAAAAUUUCAACUUGUUUCCUUGCAUUUGAAAAUCAAAUUCAAUUUGCAGAGUUCUGAAUUAUGAAAUUCAUCGAAAAUUUCACAGAAAAUGUGUUUUCCUGCUUAUCCGCUGAUGAAGUUUGGGAAAAUGUUGACGUCGCUUUUUCGCAAAAAACCGUCUGCCUAUAAAGGUGAAGCAGAGAGUGAACAGUGAACAACAACAACCGGAAACAAAACUUUGUUCAAGUGAAUUGAGCUCAUCAGAAAAUAAAACAACCCUUUACAAACAAACUUGAACAGUGUCAAAGUACGCUGCACAGGUCGGCAUGCUUGUUUUGGGAGUAUCAAGAUGGCGGAUGGCGACUUCAGUUUUUGGUGGCCAAUGAGCCACCCAUUCUUUUUGAUUUUUGAUUUAUUUUUUUAAGACCAGCGAGGCGGACCGGUAAAAGUCACUUCCUCGGCACGUAGAUUCCACCUGGUCUCACUCUUACCUUUUCCACUCGAGCGCCCCCUUCCGGCCGUUAGAAAAAAAAUUCACAAAUUCGCGGCAUCAACCGCAUAAACCGCAGGGGUUGAAAGCGUGUGGGGGGGAGAAGUCGCGGCUUGAAGGCCGGAAAUUACGGUAAAUAUUUUUGUUUUUGUGACCGACGGACGUUUACGAUCUUUUAAUGAGUUCAAUCACAAUCGUGAUUAAUUUCUGCCUCGAGGAGACAUUUCAUCACAUUUAUCGUUGCAAUGAUUAUAUUGUAAUUGACACGCAGAACUUCAAAUAUUCAAACAAGUCAGCACGAUGAGCUCAAAUUAUUAUUUAAUAAGAUGAUAAAUAAAUGCAUUUACAAGAGCACGUUUAAAGUGACCUAACAUAACAUUUAACUGGCAUCCACCUUUGACCGGAAGAAGUUUAUUCAUUUCGUUUCGAACCUGGAAAAAGCCCAAUUCUGACGUGAGGGAAUUGCCAUACCACUUCCCACCGCUUGGCGGCAGCGUUUGGCCAUUUUUCUCUCGGGAUCCUCGCAAGAAGUUGACAAAGAUGAUUUAUUGCAGCCAUUUUUGCUAUUAUUGCUCAUAGUUUCCAAAUAUGUCGAUGUCCAUACGGUCGCAAUUAAUCCCGAUUGAGGUCAUACGAAUUGUGGAAGUAUUUUACAAAAUUUCAACAAUGCACAUGUUCAAGUGUUUGUUUUAUGUUCAGAACAAAAUUGUACUGGACUGGACUUUUUUUUUCUUUUUCCUGUAGAGCAGAAAUAUGCAAAAAAAAAAAAAAAAUACAGGAAAUUGUACCAAUCAGGUUCUUUUUGGAGGGAUGAAUAAUUUUUUUUAUUCAAACAAACACGAGCAUUUUGUGUGAUUUGAGACGUAGUUGUUUGUGGAUUUUAGUGGAGUCGCGAAAAAUGUAAAGAAAUAGUGUGAGAUGAUUUUUUUUCCCCUCGUCUGUUUACUUGUGCAUGUUCGAAUCCUAAAGGUCUGCGAGCCUCGACCCAACCACUGCACUCCUACAUCGACCAUUUGCGACCGUGUCACGUUUCGGUAUCAACACUAACUGCUUUCUGCAACUAUGGCAGCCCGCGAUGGACAGAUUGCGCAUCGUUUUGACUUUCAAUUAGUUAUAACCUUUUUUUCAGGUUUCCUGUGAAACAUCGAGAUAUAAUUUGCAACACUGGAAUCUCUUUUUGUAUUUGUCUUAUUUAUUGGAAUUUAUUUAAUAAACGUGCA